CAACCAAUCGUCGUCGCGAUCCCGUUCUCCGCACUCUUCUUCCCGUCUCUCACCUACCCCCCGACGCAUCUGUGGACCCUAGGAUAAGGAAACUUCCUUUCUUAUCCUAAUCUUUUUUUUUUUUUAAUUUCCUCCUUUGACUCUAAAGCCUCGACAUAGAAAUUGUUUUAUCUCCCGAUCCCUCCUCCAUACUUUGGAAAUUUCUGCUACUUUGGGCUCUAAUUCCGAUCCAAUAUCUGGUUGGAGUUAGGCAGGAGGUAGAGAGAGGGGGAAUUAAUGGCUGGGAGUCCCAACAACAGCAACGAAAUUGACAAUAAAGAAGAGAACUUGAGGGAAUGUAACAAGGAGGAGGAGGCGGUGAAGGAGAUGGCACCGGGAUCGUCGGCUCCGAUUCAUCGAUCGAGCUCACGGCCGCAGCUUGACGUCAGUGGGGCUGCAAUACAAGGCAACUUUGAGGAGCGGAAUCCGACAAUCCUGUUGCCCAACCAGUCGGAUGACAUCUCCCACUUGGCCCUCGACAUCGGAGGGUCUCUGAUUAAGUUGGUUUACUUCUCACGGCAUGAAGAGCAAUCACUUGAUGAUAAGAGGAGAAGGUCCAUAAAAAAGAGGUUUGGAAUCUCUAAUGGUAGCAGGAGGAGCUAUCCAAUUCUGGGUGGGAGGCUCCAUUUCGUAAAAUUUGAAACGGGGAAGUUGAAUGAAUGUCUGGAUUUCAUUUCAUCCAAGCAGCUUCAUCUUGGAGGACUUGAUUCACCAUCAUGGCGUUCUGGGACUAGACCUGAGGAUAACGCAAUAAUAAUUAAGGCAACAGGUGGUGGGGCAUACAAAUUUGCUGAUGUCUUUAAAGAGAGACUUGGAGUUAGUCUUGAUAAGGAAGAUGAAAUGGAUUGUCUUGUAGCUGGUGCUAAUUUUUUGCUUAAGGCAAUCCGCCAUGAAGCUUUUACACACAUGGAGGGCCAGAAAGAGUUCGUGCAGAUUGAUCAUAACGAUCUGUUCCCCUAUCUUCUUGUUAAUGUCGGUUCUGGAGUUAGUAUAAUUAAGGUGGAUGGGGAUGGAAAAUUUCAACGGGUUAGUGGGACUAAUGUUGGUGGUGGUACUUAUUGGGGAUUGGGGAGGUUGUUGACGAAGUGCAAGAGCUUUGAUGAGUUGUUAGAGUUGAGCCAGCAGGGAGACAAUAGCAAUGUUGACAUGCUUGUUGGAGAUAUAUAUGGUGGUAUGGACUAUUCCAAGAUUGGGCUCUCGGCAUCAACCAUUGCCUCUAGUUUUGGAAAGACAAUUUCAGAAAGCAAGGAAUUGUUGGACUAUAGACCCGAAGAUAUCUCUCUCUCCCUCCUGCGAAUGAUUUCAUAUAAUAUUGGGCAGAUCUCCUACUUGAAUGCGCUUCGCUAUGGGCUCAAAAGGAUUUUCUUUGGAGGAUUUUUCAUUCGUGGCCAUGCUUAUACCAUGGACACUAUUUCUUUUGCAGUGCAUUUCUGGUCCAAGGGGCAGGCACAAGCCAUGUUUUUGCGCCAUGAGGGCUUUCUUGGAGCUCUUGGUGCAUUCAUGAGCUAUGAAGAGCACGGUCUUGAUGUCUUGAGGGCACAUCAAUUGGUGGAACGGUUCCCUAUGGGAGCUCCUUAUGUCGGGGGAAAGAUUCAUGGUCCUCCUCUAGGCGAUCUGAAUGAGAAGAUAUCUUGGAUGGAGAAGUUUGUGCAGAAGGGUACUGAGAUUACAGCUCCUGUCCCAAUGGCCCCACCUGGAACUACUGGUGUGGGAGGUUUUGACCGACCUUCUUCCAGGGGCAAUACCUUGAGAUCAGAUGCAAGUGCUGCAUUAAAUAUCGGUGUUCUCCAUCUUGUACCCACACUGGAGGUGUUUCCUUUGUUGGCAGAUCCUAAGAUGUAUGAACCCAACACUAUUGAUCUCUCCGAUCAUAGUGAGCUCGAGUUUUGGUUUAUGGUGUUAUCUGAGCAUUUGCCUGACCUUGUUGAUAAGGCUGUAGCAAGUGAAGGAGGCACUGAUGAUGCUAAAAGAAGGGGAGAUGCAUUUGCACGUGCCUUCUCAGCUCACUUGGCAAGGUUGAUGGAAGAGCCUGCUGCUUACGGGAAGUUAGGCUUGGCCAAUCUUUUGGAGCUAAGGGAAGAAUGCCUGCGGGAGUUUCAGUUUGUUGAUGCCUAUAUUACUAUCAAACAGAGGGAAAAUGAGGCUUCUCUUGCUGUUCUACCAGACCUUCUUAUUGAGCUUGAUAGUAUGAAUGAGGAAGAAAGACUGCUUGCUCUCAUCGAAGGUGUUCUUGCUGCAAACAUAUUUGAUUGGGGAUCUCGUGCUUGUGUUGACCUUUACCACGAAGGAACUAUAAUUGAAAUUUAUCGGAUGAGCCGCAAAAAGAUGCAACGACCCUGGCGGGUGGAUGACUUCGAUAUGUUUAAAAAAAGAAUGCUUGGUUGUGGAGACAAGAAACCCCCACCACAUAGAAGAGCAUUGCUCUUUGUGGAUAACUCAGGUGCUGAUGUUGUUCUUGGAAUGCUUCCAUUAGCUCGAGAGCUCCUUCGACGAGGAACAGAGGUUUUUCUGGUUGCAAAUUCCUUGCCAGCUUUAAAUGAUGUUACUGCCAAUGAGCUUCCUGAAAUUGUAGCCGAAGCUGCUAAGCAUUGUGAUAUCCUUCGUAAAGCUGCCGAAGCUGGAGGGCUGCUUGUGGAUGCAAUGGUUAGUGUAGAACAUGGACUGGUAGAUAAUUCAGCUUCUGUUCCCCUUAUGGUUGUUGAGAAUGGGUGUGGGAGCCCAUGCAUAGAUUUCCGGCAGGUCAGCUCAGAGCUUGCUGCUGCUGCAAGAGGUGCAGAUUUGAUAAUUUUGGAAGGCAUGGGUCGAGCUCUACAUACUAACUUCAAUGCCCGUUUUAGGUGUGAUGCUCUGAAGCUUGCAAUGAUGAAGAAUCAGAGAUUGGCUGAAAAGCUGUUCAAUGGAAAUCUAUAUGACUGUGUCUGUCGGUUUGAGCCUGCUGGAGAACAACAACAACACAACUUCAGCUGAUUUUGUAACACUUAAAACUUAUUAUCUGCCCAUCCAACACCAAGCCUACAACUCAUGAUGGAUUAUACACCAGGAUGUAUCCCUUGAGAUACCACAAAUCCAUGGGAAGAACAAACAUAGGAUCUGUGUGAAGACAUUCCCAGCUAUAAUAUGGUCCAAAUCUCAUAACACUUCCAUUUUUCUGAGCAACCAAUUUGAUUGUGAUGUCCCGUAUCUUAUUUUUGGGGAUCGUCGCAUACAUAGCCUUUGCUCUAAUGAGAGACAGGCCUCAAAUUUUGAAAGGCCUUCAAUUCUCAGAAAAGCAUGGUUCGACCAAUUGUCAUUCUUGUAAUUGCACCUUCAUGACUUAUCUAUCUCCGCGCUGAUAAUAUCAUUUGCCUUUGGCAUAUUUUAUUG